UUUACCCAUCCUAACUUUGCCACUACACGGAGAGGAUUUGGCUUUGGCAUCUGCUUAUUGGCUAAACGAUGCGGUCCAGAUGUUUCAGCGGCCUCUGAGGUUUCCAGGGAGAGUUUCGCAAGGAGCGCAAUCGGAGGCUGGGAUCGAGUCCCUCCAGCCUCCCCUUCACACCGUUGUGGUUUUGCCUGUUCGAGCGCUAAAAAGAGCAACCCGAAAGCUACAGAAAACGCCGGUGGGGGGAAAAAGAAUCCUCCGCUGGACGAGGGCUACUUACAGAGCUCGGGGGAGGGAAGGGGAGGAAUGGAGAGGCUGUGAUCGCAACGCGCGUCUCCUUUUUAUUUCUGGCGAUUCCUGCAGAGAUUGUGGAAGCCUCCGAGGGGUUGAAAAUGAGCCCCUCCAAGCGCGGGACUUGCGUACUUUGGGAGAAAGAGGCGAAAGAGACGCCGAGGGAUGAGGUUGAGUUCAGUCAUUCGUUUUAGUCUGGGAAUAACAGGACUUUAUAAACUUGGACAGUUUCCCUCUCAUCUCUGAACAAGCAGAAGGUUCCUGGCUCCAAACUGUUAUUUCUUCCAACAGUUAAAGGGGCAAGAAAAGUUUUUUUUCCUGGAGUCCUCGAUUAAGCUCUGAGUAAAUCCCUCCUUUUAGUAGACAGCGGAACUCCGCCCACCACUUUUUCCUGUUAUCUUACUUUCGUUUUUCCUGAGGCUUCCGUGUGCUUCGUCUUGAGCGGUUGUCGUAAUUUAGUUGUGGCAACACUUCCAGCAAGAAUGGCCAGUGGAACCACAUUUUUCAUCCCCUCUAAUGGAGCAAACAUGAUCCAAACAACCCCUGGAUUGCCCAGUAUUGCUGUUCAGGCAUCUGGAGCAACUCCAUAUCUUCUCUAUGGAGCUCAGCAACUUCAAAUUCCCACCAGUGCUCCUCAACAAGUCCCACAAAACGGUCCUUUGGAGAGAUUCCUCAAGGCUGAGCCCAAAGUGCUUGGGGCCAUCCAAAUCAUGAUUGGGUUGCUCCACGUUGGCUUUGGGGCUGUCUCGCAUCAGCUAUUUUCUCUUCACUAUUUUACCUUGAAUGGAAUUGGAGGUUAUCCCUUUUGGGGAGGAUUAUUUUUCAUUUCUACUGGAUCACUAUGUGUAGCAGCUAUGACCCAUCCAAGUCCUGAUUUGGUGAAAUCCAGUGUAGGAAUGAACAUCGCAAGUGCUAUAAUGGCAUUAACUGGUAUCAUCCUCUAUACGUGCAAGAUAAUCAUCAUCACUAUUCCUGUAAAUAAUGCUACAGUUGUAAUUGAUACUGUACGGCAAGUCAGUUAUGGCUUCUCCAGUCUGUUUCUCUUGUUCAGCCUGCUGGAGUUUUGCAUCGCUGUUUCCCUGGCUCAUUUUGGGUGCCAGGCAACUUGCUGUAGUGGUGCCCAGCCAACCAAUCAUUUUGUGCCUUACCAAAUUAUGGGAGAUGAAGCAGUCACAACUGAACAAAAUCCUCCUCCUCCAGCAAUUUACAAUAACAUGGUUACCACAUCUCAAUAAAACAAGAAGGAAAUGUGAGAAGUGUUGCGACAGAGGUUUCAGGAAAAGCAAUGUAUUUCAUAUUUCUUUAGUUUGUCCUCUGGCUUCCUAAUUUAUUUUUCAAUUGCAGCCUUUAAACACCAAAUUAACUGAUGGUAAAUUUAAAAGUUCUUCUAUUUUACUUAAUCGCUAUAACGCUUCCCAAGAAGGAAGAAUUUGUUCUGCAAAUAUCAGCAAAUUUAUGAGGAAGUGUACUCCCUACAGUGGAUGAUAGAAACUGUUUAUUACUCUCUUCUUUAUACUCUGGAUGACGUUUGUUUUUUAUGACAAAUAUAGAAUUAAGUAGGAGUUCUGAUGCUGCAAAAAAGAAAAAACAGCUACUAAAAUUAAAACAAAAUUAUUAAUAAAACAUGUCAUUGACACAAUUCAGAUAGCUUUCCACUUACGACUGCAAUUUGGACCAGAACAUCCAUUGCUAAGUGAGGCAGUGAAGUGAGUUGUGUCCGAUUUAUGACCUUUUUUGCCACUGUUAUUACGUGAAUUAUUCUGGUUGUUAAGUGACUCACAUGGUGCUUAAGUGAAUCUGAUUUCCCACACUUUAAAAUCCAGCUGGGAAGGUCACAAAUAGCAAUUACUGGCAUGCCAGAACUGUCAUACAUUCAUGCUGGUUGCCAAGCAUCUUGAGUUUUGAUCCCGUGACCAUGGGGAGGCUGCGACCUGUGAGGACUGGUCAUGAGUCCUUUUUUUCAGUUCUGUUGUAACUUUGAAUGGUCACUAAAUGACCAGUUGUAAAUUGAGAACUACCUGUAAUAGUGGUUGCAUAAUCACUGUGAUCCCAAAACAGAAGAAGUUUGCAUAUAAGUACAGUAUUCCAUAUUGUUAGGGCACUUAAGUUGAUCAAAGCACAGAUUCCAUGCAAAUUGCCAUUUUUUGUUCUUUUUACUAUCAUCUCCAACAGGGGAAGCUGUGAACACAUUCAUUAGCUGACCUUGAAGAGUUUACAAUUGUGUAAACAUGCAAUUCCAAAAUCAAAGCCAUUCAUACUUUUAGGGGAGGGUAUAUGCAGUGGGUGGGGGGUGGGGGGGUUAUAUGACCUCUUUACAAUCUGUGGACUUCAAUUCCUGAGCCAGCAAUGGCUAAUUUAGGUAUUCCUGGAGUUGAAGUUCAUAAAGGUUCCAGAGUUGCCCAUCCCUGGUGAAUGCCCAAAGAGACUCAAUUGAAAUGUAUAGAAAAUUUGCUGCUUGUCCUUAAUUACAAGGUGAAAAACUUGACUCCUGCAAUGAUCUUUGCAGAUGUACAGAAUGUACAUUUGCACAGUUUUUUAGGUUUAAGGCAGGGGUGAAAUGCUACCGGUUCGGACCAAACUGGUAGCGAUGGCGGCGGGUGGUUCGGAGAACCGGUAGCGAUGGCAGUGUGAGGCUCCACCCACCCGCCUGGUCGUUGUUACUUACUUAAACAGGAAGUAAUCUGUUUUAUACUGUCCAAGUGUGUAUGUGACACGCAUGCAUGGUGUGUAUGUGACGUGCAGGCACAGUGCAUGCACUUCCGAACCGGUAGGGAAGGUAAGUAGAUUUUACCCCUGGUUUAAGUUGAUAGGCAGUAUCCUGAGUAUAAUCUAGCUCAGUUGAACUGGUGUCACUUUUUACUUCGCUUUUUCAACGAAUCUGCCUUGUGGUGCAGCCAGAACAAUUUUGAACUGAAUACACUCAAAACUAGUUAUGAUAGUAGAUUUUAGGAGAAAUCCUGCUAUUCUACCACCUCCUACAAUACUAAAUAACACAAUAUUAACCAUAGAGACUUUCAAGUUUCUAGGUUCUAUAAUACCUCAAGACUUAAAAUGGGCACCCAAGAUCAAAAACAUCAUCAAAAAAGGAAAACAAAUAAUGCUCUUCUUGGGCCAACUCAGAAAGCUCAGGCUGCCCAAGGAGCUGCUGAUACAGUUCUACGGAGGAAUAAUUGAGUCUGUCAUUUGCACUUCUAUAACCGUCUGGUUUGGCAUUGCAACCAAACAAGACAAACACAGACUUCAAUGGAUAGUUAGAACUGCAGAAAAAACAAUUGCUACCAGCCUGCCUUCCAUUUAGGACCUGUAUACUGCAUGAGCUAGAAAGGACUGUGAAAAUAUCUGCAGACCCCUAACAUGCUGGACAUAAAUUGUUUCAAUUCCUUCUCUCAAGACAACACUAGGGCAUUGCAUACCAAAACAAGCUACCAAGUAGGGUUGUAUUACUAUUAUCCUUACCUUUCUUAUUACCUAUUUUCUUAUCCUUUAUGACUAAGUAUCUUAGUAUGAUAUAUGUUGAUUGCUUAUUUAGUAUCCUAUGAUUAUCACUGAGUGUUGUAUGAUUUAUGAUGAAUGUAUUUUAUUAUUAUGGUCAUGAUUUAUCACUUCUUGCUUGUAUGUACACUGAGGGCUUAUGCACUGGAAACAAAUUCCUUGUGGGUCAAAUCACACUUGGCCAAUAAAAGAUUCUGUUCUGUUC